UAGAGUUUAAUGUUCACUAUUUAUGAAUAGGUCAUCAAGCUGAUACCCGGAUUUGGAUGUGUGCCGACUGUGCAUUUGGGCAUGACCCUACUCUCGUUUUGUAGUAAAUUUUUUGAAAAUGUUAGGGGUUCUCAAGUUUUGAUUUUUUUUAAUAAGAAUUGGUCUUAAAAUUUUGAAUUGUAUUAAAAGAGUCCUAAAAUUUUGAUUGUCCACAGAGCCCAAAUAUACUUUACACUGGCAUGAGGUCAACACGUAUUCCAGUUUUGCACAAGCAUGCUGUCAGCAAAUCAUAGGCGUAAAAAAAUUAACCUCUUCUGACUCUGAACAAAUCUUACAAAAAUAGAGAUAAAAACUAAAAAAAAUAAAAAUUGAACGACAAUAUUACAAGUCUUUUCCCAAAACCCAAAUUCAAAGAUUCAAAUUAAAGCACUUUUGUUCCAAAUUGUACGUUUUUUGGCUAGUUUCUUGGCUUAUAUUCAUGAAUACAACCAUUUUCGAUGGUGAUUGCACAUCGUCAUUCUUUAACAUCUCAUCUGAUGGAUUGUGGGAGAAUCUAAAGUCACCCGAUAUGAUUUUUGGGUAUUCGCUACCUCUUGUAGAGAUCCAGAUAUUACUCAUUUUCAUCGUCAUGACUCAUAUGUUCCUUAGACAUAUUGGCAUUUCCCAGAUCGCUUCUUAUAUGAUCGUAAGUGUAUUCCCAUUUGUAACUUGAUAAGCACGUAAGCGAAAACAAAACUAGAUAGAUGUAGCUUGAAAAUGCAAGUAAAUUGUUUAAACAUUACCAUGCGUGCUACCUAAUAUUUUUUUUAUUGCUAUAAUUUCACGUACAUAUAAAUUUACUUGUAGGCUGGACUGAUGCUAGGGCCCCAGCUUUUUGAUGUAUUAGAGAAAUCUUCGGGAAAAGUAUCUGAAGAUCCCGCGUUAGAUGGAAACGCGACCUUAAGAAGCAUCUCAGUGUUUGGAACCAUAAUGUUUACAUUUUUGAUGACUCUUAGAACCAGCCGGAGAGUGGCGUUCAUUAGCGGAAAGCUGCCCGUUGUGAUAGGGAUUUUGUCCUUCUUUGCUCCUCUGUUCGGUCUCGGUUUCCAGAACCUCUUUUCCGACAGCAUUGACCCUAAUUACAUGCCUCUGAAAACAGGACUAGGCGAGCGCACAGCAAUCGUCAUAACACAGUCUUCAAUACUUUUGCCUUCCACAACAUACAUCUUGCUAGAGCUCAAGAUCCUCAACUCUGAGAUCGGUCGCCUUGCAUUGUCUGCAUGUGUCAUCAACGACAUCUUUGGGAUAAUUUCCAUGGUACUCGCUUCUAUUCAGGCAACGUACAAGAAUGUUUCACAUGUAACAGCCUAUCGGGAUGCUGUCGCAGUGGUCAUCUUCGUUCUCAUCGUCUUUCUUGUUUUUAAGCCCAUCGUGCAAUGGAUCAUAAAUCGCACACCGGAUGGUAAACCCGUGAAGAAUAUGUAUGUUAACGCUGUGAUUCUGACCGCAUUGGCUUCCUCUGUUUAUUCUAUGAUAUUUAACAUGAAAUAUGUCCUGGGACCAUUAGUAGUCGGUCUUGUCAUACCCGAGGGUCCACCUUUAGGAUCGGCAUUGGAGUCUAAAUACGAGAAGCUCACAAUGAACGUCUUCUUACCAAUCUCGAUCACAGUCAGCGUGAUGAGAAGUGAUGCAACUAGGAUGUUAACGGAGUUCAGUCACAUCCUCGUUAACAUCUUCCUAACGGCUUUAACACUUGUCCUAAAAUUUGUCGCAUGCCUUGCACCUUGCUUGUACUAUAAGCUACCUCUCAACGAAUCCCUUGCUGUUUCCAUCAUCUUGAGCUACAAAAGUUUCGCUGAUUUCGUUCUCUAUGAGUCCGUAUUAGACGCAGCAGUAAUUUUCUACUCUUGAAACAAUAUAAUAUUAUCAUUAUCGAUUUUUUUUUUAUUUGGGUGGUGGUGACAUAUUUAAUAUGUUUUGUUUUUGCAGUAUAUAUCACAGGCAACGUACGCGUUCUUGAUCAUUUAUUCGCUGCUAAAUGCUGGGAUUGUUCCAGUAGUGUUAAGGAGAUUGUACGAUCCGAAAAGGAAGUACGUUAAUUACCAAAAACGGAACAUAUUGCAUUUGGAACCAAAUUCCGAUCUUCAGAUUAUAACUUGUUUGCACCGACCUGAGAACGUCUCUGCGACCAUUGCAUUCCUACAGUUGUUGUCCUCACCAAACCUAGAUUUCCCUAUAGCGGUCACGGUUCUUUAUCUGGUGAAGCUCGUAGGCCAGAUCAAUCCUGUUCUGAUCUCCGACAAUAAGAAGUCGAAACGACUUCAUACCGACUCUUACAUCCAUACCGCAAACCUUGCAUUCAGGAAGUUCAUGCUAGAAGGCUUGAAGUCCGUAACAGUGACAACGUACACCGCAUUCUCGCAUGAGAAGAUGAUGCACGAAGAUAUUUGCACGCUUGCACUUGACCAGACAUCGUCAAUGAUUAUUGUCCCUUCAGGGAGGAGAUGGACCGUAGAUGGAAUGUUCGAAUCAGACGACGACGCCAUAAGGCGACUAAACCAAGCGUUGCUACAGAGUGCGCCUUGUUCUAUUGGAAUACUAAUUGACCGUGGACAUUUCUCACGCAAAGGCAAUGAUGUAUCGAGCAAGAAAAAUUACAAUAUCGAUGUCGGUGUUAUUUUUAUCGGCGGCAAAGAUGAUAGAGAGGCAUUAUCAUUGGUGAAGAGAAUGAAACAUAACCCAAGGGUUCGUGUAACCGUGAUCCGACUCUUGUUCAAACAAGAAAUUGUAACGACCCGGUUUCCUUAACCAGUUGGUUUGUUUUUUUUUCUUUCCCUUUAAUUAAUUUGGAUUGAACCAAAGUAUCUAUCCAUCUAAACCAUUCGUAAACCAAUCCUAUGUAUAAAUAGCUAUUUACCUAAUUUUAUUAUCAUAAGUUUUUCUCCUUCUAUGAGGAGCCGUCAUUGUGCGUUUGAGUGCACCACCGUCAUGUCGAUUCCAUCUCCUUCAUUCUCCACUGUUAUUCUUCUUCUUAUUAUAUAUUAUUAAUUCUCAUUUCCUCUUCCCCCUCUUAUUCUUCUUGUGGUCUCGUACGUUUGAUGUCGGAGAAGACGUUACGCAUCCACAACCGUGAGCCAUCUCACCUCAUUUCACCAGAGCUAUUGUUCAUCACCAGAAGGGUACAGCUACUGUCAUGGAGCAUCCUCUUGUUGGCGUUGUGUUAUGGAGCCAAGAGGAGGAAGAGAUGACGUACGGAUCGGAGUUGUCGCGUCUCAUCACCAUCGAUCGUUGAUCUCCACCACCACCAGCCGUGAACUAGUGGAGGAGUAGGCCAUGUCACGGGAGAGCUGCAGUGUGUCACCGGAGUUGUAGUUUACAUCGUCGGAGUCCGAGAUCCAUAACUGUAAGCCAAGCCUUAAGAGCUAAGCUCUUCUUUCACAUAUUGUUCUUGGGCCAUAAGUAACGUUUGCAUAAACCCUAAGAUUUAUUAUAUUUAAUAAUGUAUUAUGUUUUGUCUUCGAACUUUCCGGCUUGGUGUGAUGUUGGCGAGAGUCAAGAUCCAUGGUGAAACCUUAGCUUUCAUGGGAAUCAAGUCAUCUCGUUUGUUUUCCGUUUCUGGUUUUUGAUAUUGGCUAAGCACGCCGUUCUCGAGAGAGGAGGAGACGGGUGUUACAGAAAUAGAGCCAGAAAACUGGGAGUACAUUCUGGACAACGAAGGCUUAAAGGAUUUUAAGAUUGCAGACGAAAUGAAAAAUGUUGAUUACACGGAGAGGACUAUGACCAGUGGAGCUGAGGUUGCCAGCAUCGUCCAAUUCCUGGCCCACGAGUAUGAUCUUAUCGUGGUUGGAAGAGAUCAGGGCAUUGCAUCACCAAACUUCUUAGGACUAACAGAAUGGGUCGAACUUCCAGAGUUAGGUGUCAUUGGAGAUUUUUUAGCCGCUAAAGAGCUUAGCUCUAAGGUUUCUGUUUUGGUAGUUCAACAACAGCAACAGACGUGAGAUAUUCAUGUAUCUCCUUUUAUCGCAAAGACUGUAUAUUCUUUUAGGACAGCUUUCAAAAUAUGGAACGUAUAAACAGAUCAUUCGUUUGUUUUAAAUAUUUUAUUAGGUG